AUGGGGAGCGAACAACUGAGCUUAAAAAUUCUGAUGAAGAAAUUUCUGAGCGAGGAGAAGGAGUACAUCAAAUUAGUGAAUAAAGACCAAAGGGAUAUCAUACUUUUUGAAAAGGAGAACUUUUACAUACAUGCAAAUAUCCUCUGUGGAAUUGAAAGCAGGAAGAAAGAAAAGUACAACGUAGGAGACAUCUACCUAUUUCUAUGCCUGCCAAAAAGUAAUUACACUUUUUCAUACAUAAAUUCUAUAGGCUAUAAAUAUAUAAGCAUACUUGAAAAAAGCAAAAUUAUAAAAAUUAUUGAAGACAAUGAAGACAAUGACGAAAUUAAGGUAAAUAUUUUUGUGUAUGAUUUGAAGAGAAUUUUGGAUUUGCAUGACUAUGUAGACGUGGAAGAUAAGGAUCAGGGCAUACAGGCGGAUCUCUUUCAUUUGGACAUCGUGGGGGAUACAGACAGGGAUAGCGAAAAUGAGAAUGAAAAGGACCCUAUAAAAGGAAAUACUACAAACCGUGUCACAACGGGGGAAAGACAAAACGAAGAAGGGGGAGAAUCAAUUAUCCCUGGUCAUCGAAAGAGGAAGCGAGAGGGCGAGGAACUGCACGAAGGGGAAGCCACGCAAAAUGCGGUUCACAAAUUUCCCCCAUACCACGGAAAAAGUAGCAAUGACCUCGACAAAGGUACCGCCAACGAUGGUGCGAAGGAAAAUUUCGUCUCCUUCGAUAAUGUAAGAACUGUUUGUGAUAUAGAAAAAAUGGACAACUCAAUAAUCCUCUAUAUGGAAAAGGGAACCCCUCAAAGCAGACAUAUCCUCAGCCAAAUCGAUUCAUGGGAGGGAAUGGAGAAUUACAACAUCCUGCAAAGAGAUAUACCCUCCCAGGAGUAUGACCCGUUAAUUUAUUUCAAUUGCAGCGAAGUUAACUCCCUAGAGGAAUUUGCGAACGAUGCGAGCAACAAUUAUGACUUCCUCAAAGUGGAGGUUACGGACCCAGAAAAUAGGCAAGAGUAUUCGGGAGGGAAUUCCCCCAUCGAGAAUGCCCAAACUGGGGAAGAAAUUCCAAUAGGGGAAGCAGCACAAGUGGGUAACCCCCAUGAUGGGAAGGAUGCAGCAAGGAAGAAUCAAAGUAGUGAACAGGAUGAGGAAAAUAAAAGUAACCAUCAGGAUGACACCCCUGAGAGUAGCCUGCAAAACAUGACGAAGCAUUACUUCGGAAAAGACAAUUUUUUUAAAAAUGUUUUUCUCCAAAAUAUGAAUUUAUAUUCUGUUUUAAAAAACACUUAUUUUGCCAACACACAAAAUGAAACGCAAAUUGAUCAAUGCGUAAAAUUAAUUGCCCGAAAAUUCCACAGGGAUUACAUAGAAUUCAUGGAGAAUGAACAACAUAUGGUUUUGCCCACCUGUAACGAUUUUCUGAGAAGGUACGCCAAGCAUAACUACACAGAUAUUAAUCAUAAGGGAGAUUUGUACAAAAAUUUUGCAGAUUACGAUAUGCUGGACCUCGACUUAAGCAUUAAUGAAUAUAAUGAAGAGGGAAAACAUUCUACCAAUCAGGUUGACGGUCAAUCCAAUGUGAACUGCCGAAAUGGUUAUUCAGUACAUGUAGAAGAUGUGAAAUUUUUGGUUGGCCAAUUUAUCCCCCUAGAAGUGGUCCAAAAGUUCAAUGAUCACGAUAAGAUAAUUUUCUUCCACGAUUUGCUCGCUCAAUAUAUGCAAGCCACAACUAACAAACAGUGCUAUGAUGCGAAGAGGGCACUGAUCAACUUCGUGCAUAAUUUUCUUAAUGACUUUUCCUUGAAGGAGAAUCUCUACUGGGGUAUGAAUUCCGAGCAUGGUUGUCCGGUUUCCCCAGAGGAGUUAUUUUUAUCAGAUCAGGAAAUUUUCCUCUUCGAUUUGGUGCACCAGGCGGUCACGAGGGGUGGAAAUGUCACCUCAAUGGACAGAGAAGAUGACAAGAAAAACAAAUUUCCAUUUACACAAAAUAACUGCGUAGUAGUGAGGAGCAAACUUGACAGGAAAAACAUCUCGAAGAUGAAAUUAUCAGAUGAACAGGUCACAGCAAAUGAAGAAAUCACCAAGUCGGUACUCCUUAAAGAAGUUAACAUGCAGGACGCCUAUGACCAGAUAGGGAAAAAUGCCAAUGACUUCAGUCGCAUAUAUAACCUUUUUGAACGAGAACUUCUGAACAAAAGUAAUAUAAAAAAUGUAUACAUAAAUGGAAUCAAGAAAAAUAUCAUCGUCGAUGAUGGUCAUAUGAAAACGAAGGUGGAAAAAAAGUCGUUAAAACUUAUCGACGAAAUUCACUUAACGUAUAAGAAGAGACCCAUUAUAUUGAUAGAAAAAGAGAGCAGCAAUCAUAUAAUUAACAGGAACAAUGUGGAAUCGUUUUUUGUGCAUAACUGUCUGGACAACUCUGGGGCCAAUCGGAAAGGGACUCAUGCUGCGAGCGGUGGAGGUGAGGGCGCAGUAACGGGGCCUUACAAUUCCAUACCCAUCAUCUACAAAAUGUUUAACAAAAAAAAAAGCAUAAAAUUUUCGUUCAUCGAAAAUGAUCAAAUUUCCAAAUUGACCGAAACAGACUGGAAGUGUGUCAUUGCAGUUAUCAUAAAAUCUAAGGAGUCGCUAAAAGACAUUUUAAAUGAAUACCCCUUCGAAAUUCCUACUGCGCUCUUCCAGCCAUUUAAAUCAUUUUUUUUUAUGUUCAAUGAUGUUAUAAUACCGUCUGAUUUGUUGACAGGUGGGAAUGUCGAUAUCAUCAGACUCAGUCGGGACAAGAGGAAAGAGGAUUACCUCGCCGUUAAUAAAUUUUGGACCAACAUUGAGAAGUUCAUUUUGCAAAGACGGGACAAGUCUUGCUACACGCGGAAAAAGAAGUUCUAA